AUGGCGGUGAAGGAGGUCCCGAUUUUAGAGGAGACUGACUCUGCAAUCAAAGAAGCCACACGGGAAGUGGAGUUGCUGCGAGGCUUGAAACACGAGAACAUCGUGAAAUAUCUUGGCUGUCACGUCGACAACGCAGCACAAACAUUGUCCAUCUUUACGGAGUGGGUACCUGGAGGAAGUCUCGAGCACAACCGCAAACUAUUUGGUGGCAAUGAGCGUGUAGUACGACGAUUUACGCACCAGCUACUCUCCGGUGUCGCUUAUCUCCACUCUAAAAACAUUAUCCACCACGACAUCAAGCCUGCGAAUAUUCUGGUCGACCAGAAUGGCGUCGUCAAGAUCGCAGACUUCGGUUCUUCUCGGUUAAUCAACAGUGCCACUAUGUCCAACGCCUCGACGCCAUCCUUGCACGGCACUCCGAACUACAUGGCGCCAGAAGUCAUCAAGCAAUCAUCUGGUCGUAGUCGCAAGGCUGACAUCUGGAGUAUUGGCUGCACGGUUCUCCGUCUGCUGACUGGAGGUCCUCUCUGGGGAGACCGUCGCUUUGAUUCCCAGGCCGCGUUGCUGUACUACAUCGCCAACCUUGAAAAACUCCCACCACUGCCUGAUACUCUGUCGUCCAACGCUCGAGAAUUCAUCUUGGCCUGUCUUCAGAUCGAUCCGUCCAUGCGUCCAAGUGCCGUAGAGUUGUUGAAAUUCUCGUUCGCUCAAUGUGCCGGACAUAAGUCCGACCCUGUUUCUCCCGACCCAGCAGUAACUACCCCUCGACGUCACACAGCACCGUCCGUACCUGCUAAAUCGUCUCGUAAAUCGCAGCACCGUACUCGUCGAUCAGAAAGAACUUGUGGUCACGAUGAAGCCACGAAAAAGACCGAUCCUCGUUCCGAGUCGUCUCCAGGCUUGACAAGACGUCCAUCCCUCGUAUCCUCGUUAUUCGCUCCAGCGCAGGAUGACUCGCCCACCCGACAAGAAGAAAACGACGACUUCGUUGUGGCACACUGGGACGACCAGCCCAUUCUGUCUGCAGCGGCACGGAAGGAGCGCGAAAAGCGUCAAACGGAGGCCGCUGAAGCUGCUCGACGACGCCAAGAGCGCGAGCAGAAGUUCCAGGAAGAACUCGCAGCGUAUCGUCAUGAGUCGUUCACAGGUCGAGCGUAG